UUUGCUAGCUUUGUGAAGAAGAAGAGACAAGGAAAAAUUUGCAAUUUUAAUUAAAUUAAUUUGAACAUAAUUAAACAAUAGAACGCGACCGCCGCAUAAAUGCUGAGUAAUUACGCAUCCUUUGCGCUGAACACAAUCUGUGUCUGAGCUCUGCUUUUCAAAGCAGUAGUGGCGUCUUCCCGGUGCAAAUACAUCUCUGGCUUCACCAGAUACUCCCCAAUCGAGGGUAUCCAAAAGAAAAGUAAACUUAAUUAAAUUAAGACAGCAUUGAUGUUGAUGCACGUCUGUAGAUCUUAAGCUUGUGGCUGAGCUGGCUGCGGUGUGAUUCCAUUGAAGGAGCAUGCAAUAGCAAAGUGCAGAAGAGAAAGAUAAAGCGACACACAAUGAAAACAACUUGGAGUUGGAUCCUGCUGAGCGCAUUGCUCUUGAUAUUGGGAUCGCCAGUGAUAUCCUCUAGAGUGUUGGAGCUGAGCGAUCGUUUCAUUGAUGUCCGACAUGAGGGUCAGUGGCUGGUCAUGUUCUAUGCCCCCUGGUGUGGUUAUUGCAAGAAAACAGAGCCAAUAUUUGCCCUGGUGGCCCAGGCUCUACAUGCCACUAACGUGCGAGUGGGACGUUUAGAUUGUACCAAAUAUCCGGCAGCGGCCAGAGAAUUCAAAGUACGCGUGUAUCCCACCAUAAUGUUUAUAAAGGGCAAUAUGGAAUACAGCUACAGUGGAGAUCGUAGCAAAGACGAACUGGUCGACUAUGCCCUGCGCAUGUCCGGUCCACCGGUGCAAUUGGUCACCCGAACUGAAAGCGUGGACAUGCUAAAGGGUUCGCAUACGAUUUUCUUUAUGUUUGUGGGCCAGCAAGAGGGCGUUGUAUGGGAUACUUACUAUGCCGCUGCCGAAGGAUAUCAGGAGCAUGGCUUUUUCUAUGCCACAAGUGAAGAUGUGGCCGCUCAGCAUUUCGAUUUCGAAAAGCUGCCGGCAGUGAUUGUCUACAAGGAGGAACAACAUCAUUUUUAUCCACAUGGUCAUAUUGCUCAUGAGAUGGAUCCCCUUGAGGUGAAUGAGACCAUCUUCCAGUGGGUGAAUGUGGAGAGAUUUGUACUAUUCCCCAAAAUCACACGCUUUAAUAUCCAUCAGUUGCUAAAGACCAAAAAAUAUUUGGUUGUAGCUGUGGUGCAAGAGGACAAACUGCAACAAAUUGCAAGCCAUGAGCUUGAAUUCCGUGAUAUGGUUGAGGGUGUGAUAAGGAAGCAUCGACCACGCUAUCAUGACCAAUUCCAAUUCGGUUGGAUCGGUGAACCUUCGAUAGCUCAUUCCAUUAUACUCGACCAACUGCCCACUCCACAUUUAAUAGCUAUAAAUUCAACAACUCAACAUCAUUACAUUCCGGACGAUGAUCCAAUGCAAAUGACCCCACAGGCCUUGCAUUUGUUCUUGGAAUCGAUUAGCAAUGAGAGCGCGACUGCCUAUGGCGGUGAUACCUAUUUUGUGCGUCUCAAUCGUGCCCUGUUUGAGGUGCGGCGCUCCUUAAAGGACAUGUGGCAGGGCAAUCCCGUACUGACCACUGUCAUCUUUGGACUGCCCCUCGGUUUCCUUUCACUCAUCAUGUAUUCCAUUUUCUGCGGCGAUUGUCUGGUCACCGAAGAAGAGUCCGAAGAGGAAGGCCACGAGAAGAAAGAGUAAAGCGUAUAGAGUGGUGUAGUCGAUAUAUUAGAGCAAUUUUUCCCAUUAAGCCAAGGAACAAUCUAGUCUUAUGUUAACCCCCAUCAAGAAAAUAAGUCUCCCAACCAAUACAAAAAAAAAAUUGUAAUAGCUGACGAACAAAAUAAAUAUUUCUUUCAUAAAGUACAACCAUUCCUCAUUUCAAAGGUGUCCACAUAGGUUGGUAAAGAAAUCUUUACAUUGCACUCCAUUCUAAUUUGCUAUACGACCCUGUCUGCUAUCUCACUCUUUCUUAUGCAGAUUCACUGAGGUUUCGGCAAUAGAUUGAUUCAUAUUAGUUUCAGUAGUCACAAGCUCUGUAUUCCAUUGUACACUUUUUAUAGACAUUUUAUAAUAUUUAUGUAAAUUUCGUUGCGCCUUUCUCCAGAUUGGUUUGAGGCUUGACAAGGCUUCCGAAUUAUGUAUGUAUAUGUGAGUGUGCAUUGUUUUAGUGGCUUUGUUUAAUUUAAUAAAAAUAAUAAAUGGGUAUAUCAUCAGUGAGAAACCUUAGGUAUAACCUCUUGGAAGGUAAUAGCCGGGAAGGCAGGACAUUAACCAAAAU